AAAGAAAACCGUAAUUUUUGGCGUGGAGAGUGAGUGGAUAACGAGCUGAAUAAAGAUGGGUAUCUUUCUCCCAAGUCUUUUUAAGCCCAUCUCUCUCUUCAGCUCUUUUUUCCGCUUUUCAGCUGGGGUUGGAGUUGCAGAGAUUUGAGUCUGACAGUGAGCUUUCCCCUUUGUGACUGAAGGGACCGAUACAAUCCCAAACAGAGAUAGAUAGACAGACAGAGCAUAUACACACACACACGCACGCGAACAGAGAGGGAGAAAGAGUGCAGGGACGAUGAUGAAGCACGUGCGCUCUCUAUCUCUUAUUUCCAUCCCACCAGGACUCAUUUGAGAAGACCGACUCUGUCACAGUGAUAUUAAGCGGCGAUAAUCCCGCUCGUGUUUGAUGGAGUAAUUCACAAGAUUAAAGCGAACUAACGAGUAAACAGAUCGAUGGCGACGUACUUCCAUGGUAAUUCAGAAAUCCAAGCACCCGACGGCGGUCUUCAAACUCUUGUACUCAUGAACCCAGGCUACAUCCAGUACUCCGACACACCUCCGCCGCAACCAUCGCAUCCCGGAAACCUUGUCUUCCUCAAUUCUGCCAACAACUCGCUCCCUUCCCAAACCCUACAACACGCGCCGCCCUCUCACACCCAACAAUUCGUCGGCAUCCCUCUCCCCGCUUCCUCCCACGACCCCACGCACCACUCCAUGCAUCCCCAUCACGAUGUCUCUGCUCUGCAUGGAUUCGUGCCCCGCAUGCAGUACAACCUCUGGAGUACAGUCAACUCCAACGCGGCGGCGAGUGAUACCCCACGCUCUCAACGGGGUCUGUCCCUCAGCCUUUCCUCUCAGCAGGCAGGGAUGGGGUCUUUCCGGGUCGAUCGUGACGUAUCACAGGGUCAGGCGCCAACUAUGUCAGGGGAUGAUGUGCGUGCGUCAGGUGGGUCACCGUCUUCGGCUUCCGGAGUUACUAAUGGCGUUUCAGGGAUUCAGAGCGUGCUUCAGGGCUCUAAGUACUUGAAGGCAGCUCAGGAACUGCUAGACGAGGUCGUGAACGUCAACGAUGGGAUAAAGAGCGAAAUGGCUAAGAAAAGUCGCAGCCAGACAAAGGCGAAUAAAGAUUCUUCCACGGCGGCGAGUGGAGAUGGUUCAGCUGGCGGAGAGGGAAGCGCCAAGCCCAGCUCUGAGCUCACCACUGCGGACAAACAAGAUAUUCAGAUGAAGAAGGCGAAGUUGAUCAGCAUGCUUGACGAGGUGGAGCAGAGGUACAGACAGUAUCACCAUCAGAUGCAGAUGGUUAGUUCUUCAUUUGAACAAGCUGCAGGGAUUGGUUCGGCAAGAACAUACACAGCACUAGCACUACAAACGAUCUCGAAGCAGUUUCGGUGUUUGAAAGAUGCAAUAAUGGGCCAAAUUCGAGCUGCCAACAAGAGCUUAGGAGAGGAAGAUUGCUUCGGUACAAAAAUGGAAGGCUCGAGGCUUAAAUACGUGGACCAUCAUCUACGCCAACAGCGAGCCCUCCAACAGUUGGGAAUGAUCCAGCACAAUGCUUGGAGACCCCAGAGAGGAUUGCCUGAAAGAUCUGUUUCUGUUCUUCGCGCUUGGCUCUUCGAGCACUUCCUCCACCCUUACCCCAAGGAUUCAGACAAACAAAUGCUUGCAAAACAAACAGGGCUCACCAGGGGCCAGGUCUCGAAUUGGUUCAUAAAUGCGCGAGUCCGAUUGUGGAAGCCGAUGGUGGAAGAGAUGUACUUGGAGGAGAUGAAGGAGCAGGAACAGAACGGUGGGGAGGAGAAAUCAAGCAAGAGUAGUGAAGAUCCUGGCAUUAAAUCUUCAGCAGCCCCACAAGAGAAAUCUCCUGCCUCUGCCACUGAACCCAGAAGCUUCAAUUUCAAACAAGACGUUUCCACAAACCCCAACACUCCAACAGUAUCAGUGUCUACGCCAUCGACAUCACCAGUUGGAGCAAAUGCCAGAAACCACCCAGCGUUCAGCUUCAUGGGGACUUCAGAGCUAGAUGGGAUCGCACAACCGAGUCCCAAGAAACCAAGGAACCAUGAGAUUCUGCAGUCCCCAAUUAACGUUGAUAUGAAGCCCGAUGAUGCAGGGAAUGGCCAAAUCUCCAUGAAAUUUGGGGAUGAGAGGCAGAGCAGAGAUGGGUACUCUUUCAUGGGAAAUCAGACGAACUUCAUUGGAGGAUUUGGGCAGUACCCAAUUACAGAAAUUGAUAGGUUUGAGGCAGAGCAAUUCACAACAAGGUUCUCAGGUAAUAAUGGGGUUUCCCUCACCCUUGGUCUUCCCCACUGUGACUCAUUAUCGGCAGCGACGCAUCAAACAUUUCUUCCAAACCAGAGCAUUCAACUUGGAAGAAGGAUGGAGCUGGGUGAACCAAACGAGUUUGGCGGCAUAAACACUUCAACUCCUCUCUCUUCGGCUGCAUUUGAGAAUAUCAAUAUGCAGAACCCCAAGAAGUUUGCUGCCCAAUUGUUGCCAGACUUCGUGGCUUGAAUAAGACAUUAAUUAAACAAAGAGACUGGGUUUCUCAUAGUAUGCUAGGGUGGGGGGAUAGCGAAGAAUCCAUGGCAUUGUAAAGAAAGGAGGAAAUUUAUAUUAGUAUAGGUUUAUAGUUUAUACCCUGCAAAAACCAUUUGAGUUCUAAGAUGGCUAGGCUAGCUUAGGAUUUGAGAUUAUAUGGUUGAGGAUUUGUAUAUUAUUUUUGUAAGCUUUGAAGAUGGGAUAGAUGGGUUGGUCAUGUCAUAAAGUUUUUAUUUGGGAAAAUUUCAAAUAUAUUUUGGUUGGGUGGUA